UGCUCAGAGCAGAGAACAGAGAAAAAUGAAAAUAUUUCACUUCAAAACAAACUCGAACGACUGUCUCAUCUGUGUGAAUGUGAAUGAGAUUAUUUUUUGAAUAGUUUAUUUUGAGAAAAUAGCUAAAAAUUAAAUUAUUGUUUGUGAUAGGAUAUGUCUGGUGAUAUAAUGUACCUAAUAUCUUCAGUGUGUGUUUCAGUUAUUGCUGUGCUAUACAGUUUCGUAAAGAACUAGAGACUGCUCAAUUUCAAUAAAUAUAUUUAUCCCUAUUUUAAAUAUAUUUACAUUUUUAGUUUAUCUACUUAUUUGACAAAAUAAGUGUAUGUGCCAAGAUGAAGAUUUUAAAUAUAAUACAGUCCAGUGUUUUUCAAAUUACUUCAGUAUUAUUUGUUGUGGGAUAUUUGCUUGGGGUCUUAAAUUUACAUUUCAGUGAUAAAAAUAAUUAUUGCAUUAUGACUUACAUGUUUGAAUUUCCACAAUUUGUGGAAAUUUCAGUGCCUGAAAAUAUUGUGAAUCCUCAAUAUGGACUCUAUGCCUAUAGUGAAGGAAGACUGACUGAAAAAGCGAGGAAAAUGUGGUUUGAUGGUGUACCAGUUCUCUUUCUGCCCGGAAACUCUGGGAGCCACAUGCAGGUCCGGUCGUUAGCUUCUGUUGCUCUUCGUAAAGCUCUGGCCCAUGAUUAUGAUUAUCAUUUUGAUUUCUUUACAAUUAAAUACAAUGAAGAGCUUUCUGGAUUGUUUGGUGGAGUGCUGCAGAGACAAACAGAAUAUGCAUCUGCUUGUAUCACAAAGAUAUUGAGUUUAUAUAAAAGCAAUAAGUAUACAAAAACUAUACCAACAUCUGUUAUUCUCAUUGGCCAUUCUAUGGGUGGUCUUAUUGCGAAAAGAUUAUUGGCAUAUCCGAAGACUAUUAAUACAACUUCAAUGGCAAUUGCUUUGGCAGCUCCACUGCAAGCACCAGUGAUUAAUUUUGACACAGAAAUGAAUAAAUAUUACAGAGAGAUGGAGGCAGAAUGGGAAGUUUAUGUUGAUAUAAGAAAAUCAAAACUACUUUUGAGUUUUGGCAGUGGCUCACGGGAUGUAUUGAUGCCUUCAUGGUUGACAUCGUCAAAUGAUAGUUAUGUAGGCGCUCUGACUACUGCUGUACCCGGGGUCUGGGUAUCGACAGAUCAUGUGAGCAUAGUCUGGUGCAAACAGCUAGUUAUGACAAUUAACAAAUUUUUAUUUUCAUCAAUUGACCCAUAUACAGAACAGAUAAUUGAAGAUAAAAAUGAACUGAAGGCAAUAGCUAGAAAAUAUUUUCAGGCAAAUCGGGCGAUGUUCCUUUCUCCAUCUGUAGUGAGGCCAGAAGUGCCUAUGCAAGUGGAUGCGUUCUGGUAUGAAGAUAACAGGCGAGUCUAUCAGGUGUCCAGGCCAGAGAUUGACAAAAUGACCUACUUGAUGAUAAGACUCGUGACGUUCCCGCAAAAUCGUUUCGUGGCGGUGGAAGCGGUGGACGUGGACGACAGGGACUGGAUAUACGGAUGCAGUGCCAAAUACACGUUCAACAACUAUAGAUAUUGUCAAAAAGCAAUGCCAUUGACUGAAUUGAGUCGCUGGACGGGCGCGGCGACUGACUUUGGCAAACGGAAACUGGCUACGAUCCACCUUCACAGCUUGAAGGAUCGCUACCCUGAAUGGACGCACGUGGUCGUCAAAGUUUCGCCUACUAGGAGACCGGUGGUCUUAAACGUCGAUAUUAACGAUCACGCGUCAAGACAGAUUGCCGUCAGUCUCCCUUCACACUUCUCGUUUGGGAAGUCUGUAAUCAUAGCGGAGACCGAAAAAGAUAGUUUAUACUACGAGUUGAUUCUACAGGACUAUGACAUAAUACACGAAGCGUAUCUUUUGUACGUCGAACCAACGCCCAGUUGUAAAGCGAUAAAAUACCAUGUGUCAGCCGAAUUUAGUGUUCCUUGGGGACAGAAUCACGAAUACUAUCAUUAUUUCACUCAAUCAAAAUUGUCACCAAUGAAGCUAAGAUUAUUUAUGAGCAAUCCAAAUGUAACUGCAGGAUUGGAAGCACAGGAGCAUCCUAAAAUAACACUUUUAUUGGAUCCUCAAUGCACUUUUACUAUUAGUAUAUCCAGUUCCUGGUACCACCGACUCGGGCAACUAGUUAGGUAUUACACACCAGUAUUAAUUCCAUAUAUGGCUGCUAUAAUUCUGCUCGCUGCAAGGACUAACAUUCUUAAUCUCAUGGAAGGUGGAUCUUGUGUAUCGAUCCACGGGGCGCUAAUGAGUGAAGGAGUGAAGCCGUACUACGUUCUGGUAUUCGCGAAGUUACUGAUUAUGCUUAUAGUGACCACGCCUUUCUGUUUUUUAAUCGAGCAUAAUGCUGGCUAUAAGAACCAAGAAUUGUUAUACUUCGUCCGCUCGCUCGUAGUGUUGCCAGCUUAUAUGACUGCGCUUGGGAUAUUGAAUAUUGCCGCUGCUGCAGCUAUUAUCGUUAUGGUGUUCUCAUCGCAAUUGGCACAUAGAUUAUUGUUUAGGAUAGUGUGGCGUGGCGGUACCGGAUUGGCGGAGCGAGUGGCGUCGGGGCUGCAGAAGCUGCCGGUGGUGGUGAGCGUGGUGCUGAGCAGCGCCGCGCCGCUCUCCUGCGGCGCCGCGUCGCUGCUCGCCGGCGCCGCGUUCUACGCCUUUCUGUUAUCGAAAAUGUAUGAAGAGUACCUAGAAGACUAUGUCUACAAGUUAAUGGCAAAAGUUGCGUCAAGAAUAUGUAGAAUAUUUAAAUCUAAAAAGACUGUUAGUAAUAAGGUAUCUGAAUCUAGUCCUAUAAUACCUUCAUCCGAAGAAGCUUCAGAAGAGAUUAAAGCAAUCGUAGAUAAUAAAGAGAACGACGAGAAAAGAGGUGAAAUUAAACAAAUUAAGGAUAGUACUGACGAAGAUAUUGAUAAAUCAAGUAUAAAAUCUGCGGCAAUAAUAAAUCCUGAACAGGGUGACGGAGAUUCUAUACAAAAGCGUGAUGAAAGUGAUGAUAAAAAGAAUGAAUGUACAGAAGACAUCGACGAAGAUUUGAACAAUUUGAAUUUCCACAUUAUGAUGUUCUUUUUGUGGGUCACUGUAACAGUAGUGAAUCUGCCAGUGCUGAUGACUUGGGCAAGAAAUUUUAAAUACUCAGUGAAGUUGACACCAGACACAUCAUUCCAUACAGGCAUGGCACUUUCUAUUUGUUCAACUAUUAUAUGGCAGAUGGAAGGACCAAAGAGGAAAUUAAAGAACUAUGAUAUAGUGGCAGGAGCUUUAUUUGCCUUGGCAGUCUUCAUUUUAGUGGUGGGUCCAUUUUCGCUUGCCUUCGUCAACUAUAGUGUCGCAGCUAUCUUUGUUAUAAUAACGGCUCAACAAGUGAUUGAAAAAGAGGAGAGACCAAUACAGGAGAACACGGAAGCAGAAGACCCACAAAGUGAUUCUCAAACUGUACAAGAUGAUUGUAAAAAACCCAGCACAUCUAGUGAGAAUAAUAAAAAAAAUUACUCCAGUGAAAAAGAUGAUGUCUCUAAUGAAGAUGGUGAGAGUAAAAAAGAUAGCACUCAAUCUAAUGAAGAUGGCAACACUGGAGAUAAUUGUGAUGUUUGCAAUGAAAGUAGGAUAUACAAUAUAUUUAAAAACCUUAGAGAGAAAUUUAGUUUUAAUGAAGAUAUAUAAUAAAGCAUUUUUUAUACUUAUUAUUAGAAUUGAAAUUAUUUUCAUGAUUGAGGUGAGAAAUGUGUGCAGUUCCUUUUUAUUUUUGUUAAAACUGCUGUGUAAUAUUUAUUUUUUUAAGUAGUUUUUACUUAGCUUUAGACCAAAAAUAUAUGUAGAAGAAGAAAGUAUUUUUAUUUCAAUUGACAACAUCAAAAUUUUUUAAGUGAAGCAAAUGCUGAUUGGAAAACGAAGAAGCUUUAAUUUUCAGUUUCCAUGAUCAUCAACAUGUUUCUAUUUGAAUUGUGAGUUUCUAAGAAAGCAGAAACUGUUGACAUUGUAAUAAAAUUGAGUUUCGAAUAUUUUUAUUCAUGUGAAUAUUUAAGAUUGUGAGAAUCUGAUCCCGGUAAAAUUAAUUGAGAAACUUAGUGGAUGUUGUCAGUUUACAUUUGCUAAAAGAGAUUUGCUCUAGUAUUAUAUUUUAAUGCUAUUUAUGCCCUAAUAAUUUGUUAGAUUUAAUUUUCAAUGUUUUAAUAAAUUGGGCCAUUAGAUGAAUACCUAUCUGCUUAGUUUUCAUAUUAUUAUGAUCUGAAGGAUUUUAAUCUGUAUUAUUUUGAGAUAAUAUAUAGAAGUAUAGUAUGUACCUAUGUGUUCAUUAGAAUUAUGCUAGGCAUGUCAAGCAAGCAAUAAAGCCCAAUCACAUUUCCCCAGAACAGAUAUAAAAUCCCCAGUGUACUAUAAAAUAUUUGUUUUGAAUAAUGUGUAAAUAAUUGUAUACAACCAAAGGUUUGGCCAGAAACUUAUCAAAACUUACAGCCUUUGAAGUUUGCACUUUUCUAUUUAAUAUAAUAUUUAAAUGCAAAUUUAUAUUUAUUUGGAUAUUAUUGAAUUUUUUAAGGUUUCGGCUUCGGCUAAUACUCAACUUUUGCUUGGACACUAUUACUACUACUCAGUUGUAGUCAAGUCAUAUCAGCCUGUUGUUAACAAAAUAAGGCUGUGGGAACACAGAGGACCUCUGACAGUUUAAUAGUACUUCAGUGCAGAGUUGAGGCACUGAAGUACUAUUAAACUGUCAGAGGCCCUCUGCCUGUUUAGCACUAAUUACAUAAAAUGCAUAUUCUGACCUAGAUAGUACAUUUUUACAUUGUAGUUACAGUAUUAAUAUUGUUGGCCAAAAUGUUGUUUCCAUCAAAUGAAGUGAUUUUUUGAAAUAGUAAUUAUUAUUACAGCUUACUGUUAAAAAACGUUUUUCGUUUACUAAAUAGUUUGUGAUGUUAUGGCCUCAUUCAUUUUUUAUUUAACUAGUUAGAUUUGUGUUGUGUUAGAAUUGUAGAAUAUGUUCUAGUUACAAAAUAAACAAAUAAUUC